AUCUGAACAAAGGCAAUUAGAAAUUCUUGAUGCUUCACUGCAUUCGUUCCAAGCAGUUUUGUUGAAUGAAUCGUUUAUGCAGUUGAUACUUGAAGGAUCCAGCAGAGUUCUGCAGCAUCCCUCGAGGAUUGAUGCUGAAAAAGAGAAAGGAAAAAUACAGUAAAGCUGUUUCUGUGGAGGAAAUGGCCGUCACCCACAAAGCAGAGGCAACCAAGUCUCUCCUGAAAGAAAAUGUGGAUCCAGAAGUAAAAGUGGAAGUCCAGUGUGCUUCAGGCCUUCAGCCAGGAGAAGGAAGGAAGAGAGAAGAUCUCCCAGAACCUGGGAAGAUUAAGCAGGAGUUUAUCCAUCACGUGAAACAAGAGCCAGAGGAAGGUCCGUCGAGAAACUGGGAUGCCCAGCUGCAAGAGUUUCUGAAGACGCUGCAGGCUCCCGAUUCUGGGGGAGAAAGCCCCUCCUUGGCUUGGAGCGGCCCUAAAGCAACCCAGGCGCUCUCUCAGAGGAUGUGGGACGCCAGCAACUGUCCCAGAGGAGUGUGGAUCGCUCAGGCCCAGCCGCGCCUGGCCGGGGAAGCCCAGCGGGAUGCUGAGAGUUCUCGGGAGGCCACAUCGAGCGGGAAGGGGCAGAAGGGGGCAGUGAGCGGGGCGGGGGCCAGGCUGGAGAAGCAGCGGCAGGAUUUCCGUCAGCUGGGCUACCAGGAGGCCGAGGGGCCUCGCGAGCUCUGCAGGCAUCUCCAGGAGCUUUGCCACGAGUGGCUGAAGCCGGAGAAACACACCAAGGACCAGAUCCUGGAUUUGGUGACACUGGAGCAGUUCGUGGCCAUCCUGCCUUUGGACAUGCAGAGCUGGCUGCGGGAAAACGCUCCCAGGACCUGUGCCCAGGCUGUCUCCCUGGCAGAGGAUUUCCUGGUGAGGCAGCAGAAGGUCAAAGGCUGGAGUAAGCAGAUGAUGGGGAUGAUGGAGGAGGAAUCUGAAAAGCCCCCCAGAGGAAACCAAGCUCUGUCGGAAAUGGUGAAGGCACAGCUUUUUAGGGAAGCCAAGCAGGAAGCUGGAGGGGAUGCAAGCUCCCUGGUCGGUGGUUGGCCUGAGCGAGAGAGGACGUCGUUGAGAUCUGCUGGAGAGGAUUCCUUCCUGGUUCCAGGGAAACCUGAUGAGGGCGGAUACGGAGCAGAGCAGCAGGACGGAAACGAAAGCAAGGAGGGAAUGGACCAGUUGGUUGGCUCCCAAGGGGUUUUCCAGGCUGCCGAUGAAUCCCCCUUCCUCAACACCAAGGGGAAAUACGAUGCAGGGGGCUUCAGCCAAAGUUCCCACCCUGUUGCAUGUGACGACACCGACCCAGAGGAGAAAUGUUACAAGUGUUGGCAUUGCAGCCAGAGCUUCAGCAGCAGCUCGGAUCUCUUGACCCACGAGAGGACCCACGUGGAUGAGAAACUGUAUAUAUGUUCCCACUGCGGAGAAAAAAAGAGGAUCCGCGCAGGGCAGUUUUCCCACAUCUGCUCCCACUGUGGGAAUAACUUCGGCUGGAUUCCUAAAGGGAGGCUCGGUGCCGACAGAGAGAAAUGUUUCAUGUGCUCUGAGUGUGGGAAAUGCUACCUUCGGCAGACAGACUGCCUUAAGCACCAGAAAACGCACAGCGGGGAGAAACUGUAUAUUUGUGCAGCCUGUGGAGAAAAGUUUGCAACCUAUACCUCUCUCAAAGUACACCAGAUGAUCCAUCAAGGACAAGACACUUUCAAAUGUUUGCACUGUGGGAAACGCUUCAUGUCUGGGUCACACCUCUUGCUGCAUGAGCGGAUCCACAAGACCACGUGCUCGUACUGCGGGAAAAGCUUCAGCCGAAAAUCCGAACUGUGUGAACACGAGAGAACUCACGCAGCCGCGGAGUAGCCGUUCCCUUGCUUUAACUGCAGGAAAACACUUUCUGAAGCUGAGACGACAAAGCCCAACCUGAAGGGCCAGAGAUACACAUGACUUCUGAAAGCCUUGGAUGCAGUCGCUAGCAGGCUCCAAGAUUUAUUACCCAAGAAUUCUUUUUUUUUAAUGUGACAGAAGUAGAAAAAAUAAUUUCAAUAAUUUACUAGGAAGUAAUUGUAUUAACUAGGGCUGUGCAGGGAUUCUGAUUCGGAGUGUUUAAGUGUGUGAACGAAGGAACUCUCUGUAAUUCCUUCAAGCAGUUUUUGUCUUCCUAGGAUCCUGUGCCAGCUGGGAGGACAACUUCAGGAGAAGACGUAGCUGCUUUGAAGUGUUGCAGGCAGAUGCUACAGCAGCUCACUGAGUUAUUUUUCAGAGAUCAAAUCCUAAAUCAAACCGCAUAGUCCAGCUAUUAGCUAAAUUUAAUUGUAAUGAAAUUUAAAGAUGAACCAAACUGAGUAUUUUUCAGGCUCCCGAUGCUACUUUUUAGAGAGCACGCAAGGGCUUGACCCUCCAAGCUUGGGUGAGCCUUAAGAGAAAAGAAUUUCAUAUAUGAAUUUCUUCAUGAUUUCAUAUAAAAAGAAAGACCACCUUUCCAGUGUUGCUCCAAACUCCAAGGUGGUUUGUGAACUAUACUUAGAAAUGCGGAAUUGCUAAAAGUGCUCUUAAACGUUGGAUUUACAUGUUCAGAAUGUUUGCGAAAAGGGAGAUAUGCCCGGGACAGAAAGCCCUUUGGCCUCUGAUGGCACAGAACAGCAGCAUCUUCGUUUGCCCAGAAACAUUUUGUGGAAAUUGAGAUGGCAGACCGAAGGCUGAUGCCACAGCUGUCGCUGAACUUGGUGCUGUACCUUGCCGCUGUAUUUAAAAAAGGAAAACAAAAUGCCCGGCAGAGAAGCAGGAAGGGGCAGCCAUGUGGGCAGGUUGAGAUGGGAGUUACACUGGGGAAGCUUGAACUAAAGCCCACUUCCAGAUGUUUUGAAACUACAAUACCCAGAAUUCCUAGCAAGGAUGUUCCUUGGCCAAGUUGUUGGAGAAUUCUGGGAGUUUCCAAGACAGUAGGAAGUUUGCAUCAAACAGUCAUUCAUUCUCUCUCUGUCUCACCUUCUCCCUACCUCCUUAGUACCUAAAAACUAGUUUAAGCACCUGUCUUUAAAAGUGUUGCCAUCAGUUCCCCUUUCUUCACUUCCAUUCUUCUGUUCUUACUGGACCUGUUUCUGUGUCAAUGUGUUUUAAGAUUUCAUUGCUAAGCCCCACUUUUAAGCCAUUAUUUCCUUCAUCACAACCUUCUAUGUCUUCUCAGAGGACAUUCUGCUGAAUUUAAUGGGAGUUUCUGAUCUAAACAUUGGCAAAAGAGGCGCCCUGUACACAUUAAAAAUCGUAAUAAAGGACAGUCUUGUCGAUCACCGUGAACAACCACAGGCCCUAAUGAUUAAAGCUUGUAUGUUUGGCAACUUGCUGCCGUAGAAAUGCAGUGCAUUCAGAGGAUUUGAAAUAAGAUGUACCAGUUAAGUGUGAGUUGGAAGUAAUGCUCCAUAAAUUACAGUGCAUCAGAUUGUUUCAGUAGAAUUGUUAAUGUGUUGUUCUUCUGUAAAGGCUAUUGGCACAUCUUGCAAAUUAAAUAAUAAAUAGCAUAUUGAUAAGCCUAACAAGUCACUAUAUGAUUGCAUACAAGAGGAGAAGAGGAAGGGAACUUUUUAACUGAAAUAUCACAAAUGCAGCUGUACUGAGAGAGAAUACUUUUUAAUCUCUUUUUCUGAAGUUGUCAGACUAUUACUAUUCAAAAUGUAAGAUGGAAUGAACUAUUGUACACUGAUCUGGCAGUAGAUGACCCUAAUUUUCCAUGGUUGAAUUCUUUUCUAAUUUUCGACAAUAAAGUGAAAUAUAUUUGCCUUGC